GGAGAGGGUGUAGGUGGCCAAGAUGGCGUCGGAGGGCGAGCUGGGCAGGAAGUGGGACCGGUGCUUGGCUGACUCUCUAGUCAAGCUGGGUGCUGGUUUUGGGCUGGGCGUCAUCUUCUCGGUUGUCUUCUUUAAAAGGAAGACGUGGCCAAUCGCGUUUGGGUCGGGAAUGGGUUUAGGAAUGGCGUACUCGAACUGCCAACACGACUUCCAGGCUCCUUAUCUUCUCCAUGGGAGAUUUGUCAAGGAGCAGUGACAGGCGGCCGGUGGACUCCCGCAUGGCACGGCAGGAGGACGGCGAGACCUUGCUGCUUCCUCCAGAGGGUCACCCUGCCCCAGCGUUAAGGCAGAGCUCUUGGCGAUCGGUCACCCGAUGCUCUUUUCUACGGCCAGCUUGUUAUUGCCUGAAACCAAAUCUCCUUUUGUAUCUCCUGCUGGAGACCGCAAGGAAGGUGCUCUUCUGAGAGAAUAAAAUCCAAACAACA